GAAAUCAAAAAAAUAUUUUAAAACAAUCAAGACCUCAAACAAGGCAAAAACCAUGGAAUACUGAAUAUAAACAACAAUAUCGAAUGAAACAACCUAGACAGGAUACGAAUACAAAUGUUUACCAAAACCAAUCUAAAUGUGAAAAUAAAUCUUGGUGGGAUGUAUUAUGCACUUUGGGUGAACCAAUAGAAUUUUGUUGUAAUCGUGGCAAGCAUAUCUUAUCUUCAUUACCAGCUUAUCCAAUGGAUAUGGAUAAUAUUCUCAAUGAUCGCAAUAUUAACACUCUUUCUUGA